AAAAAAAAAAUGCCCAGAAAGAAUAUAGACUAUGGAGUGCUACCAGAGUACGAGAAAAGCCAGAUCAAAAGGACCUUGGAGUUGGGAACUGUUAUGACAGUAUUCAGUCUUAAGAAGAGUAGUCCAGAAAGGAGGACUAUUCAAGUCAUCAUGGAAACCAGACAGGUAGCAUGGAGCAAGACAGCUGACAAGAUUGAAGGUUUCUUGGAUCUGAUGGAAAUAAAAGAAAUUCGCCCAGGAAAGAAUUCAAAGGACUUUGAGCGUUACAAAGCAAAGCAUAGAGAAGAACACUGCUUUACUAUUUUUUAUGGUACCCAGUUUGUCCUCAACACCUUAAGCUUAGCAGCUGACUCUAAAGAUGAUGCUGAUAAAUGGUUGUGUGGCUUGAAUAUCUUGUAUCAAGAGGUCAUGAGUGCUCCCACGCCUGCGAUCACAGAGAGCUGGCUGAGAAAGCAGAUCUAUUCUGUUGAUCAAACUAGAAGAAAUAGUAUCAGUCUUAGAGAGCUGAAAACUGUCCUUCCCCAAGUAAACUUCAAAGUGAGCAGCAUGAAGUUCUUGAAGGAUAAAUUUGCGGAAAUAGGUGCUUACAAGGAAGAGCUUAGUUUUGAACAAUUUCAUUUGUUCUACAAGAAAAUCAUGUUUGAACAACAGAAAUCGAUUCUUGAUGAAUUCAAAAAGGAUUCCUCUGUGUUCAUUCUUGGAAAUACUGACCGUCCAGAUGCUUCAGCAGUUCAUCUCCAUGACUUUCAGAGAUUCCUGCUACACGAGCAGCAGGAAUCUUGGGCACAAGAUCUCAGUAAAGUCCGAGAACGAAUGACAAAGUUUAUUGAUGACACUAUGAGAGAAACUGCCGAACCCUUCCUCUUCGUUGAUGAGUUCCUCACUUACCUUUUUGCAAAAGAAAACAGUAUUUGGGAUGAGAAAUACGAUUCAAUAGAUGUUCAGGACAUGAAUAAUCCUUUGUCCCACUACUGGAUUUCUUCCUCUCAUAACACAUAUCUGACAGGAGACCAGCUUCGAAGUGAAUCCUCCACAGAAGCUUACAUCAGGUGCCUUAGAAUGGGAUGUCGAUGUAUUGAGUUGGAUUGCUGGGAUGGUCCUGAUGGGAAACCCAUCAUUUACCAUGGAUGGACACGGACAACAAAGAUCAAAUUUGAUGAUGUAGUACAGGCAAUCAAAGAUCAUGCCUUUGUUACAUCUGAAUACCCAGUCAUUCUGUCAAUUGAAGAGCACUGUAGUGUGGAGCAGCAGCGACACAUGGCCAAAGUGUUCAAGGAGGUAUUUGGGGAUCAGCUUUUAAUGAAGCCUGUUGAAGCCAGUGCAGAUCAGCUACCAUCACCAACCCAGCUGAAAGAAAAAAUCAUCAUCAAGCACAAAAAACUGGGGCCAAAGGGUGACAUUGAUGUGAACUUGGAAGACAAGAAAGAAGAAAAAAAGCAACAAGGAGAACUUUACAUGUGGGACACAAUAGAACAGAAAUGGACUCGGCACUAUUGUGCUGUUGCUGAUGAAAAGCUUUCAUUCAGUGAUGAUAUAGAACAGAAUGCUGAUGAAGAUUCAUCAAAGGAGGUGAAACGUACUGAACUGCAUUUAAAAGAGAAAUGGUUCCAUGGGAAAAUGAAAGAGGGGAGAACAACUGCUGAGAAACUGCUCCAGGAAUAUUGUGCUGAAAUGGGUGGCAAGGAUGGGACAUUCCUAGUUAGGGAAAGUGAGGCUUUCCCUAACGAUUGCACCUUAUCAUUCUGGAGGUCAGGUAGAGUCCAGCACUGCCGGAUCCGUUCUUCAAGUGAUGGGGAUACUGUGAAAUACUACCUGACAGACAACCUCACUUUUGAUAGCAUCUAUGAUCUCAUUCAACACUACAAGGAGGCCCACUUGCGAUGUGCUGAAUUUGAGCUGCGUCUGACUGAUGCUGUGCCUAAUCCCAGCCCUCAUGAGACUAAAGAUUGGUACUAUAGCAACUUGAGUCGGGGAGAGGCAGAAGACAUGCUGAUGCGAAUUCCUCGAGAUGGAGCCUUUCUGAUUAGAAAGAGAGAUGAACCUGAUUCGUUUGCCAUGACUUUCAGAGCGGAGGGGAAGGUGAAGCACUUCCGAAUUCAGCAAGAAGGUUGCCAUUUUGUGCUUGGAACCUCAGCCUGUUUUGAGAGUUUAGUGGAGCUGGUAAUGUACUAUGAGAAGCAUCCGCUGUACAGGAAAAUGAAAUUGCGUUACCCGGUGACUGAGGAGCUGCUGGAGCGCUACAGCACAGAGAAAGAUAUUAACUCCCUCUAUGAUGUCAAGAUGUAUGUGGAACCCAGUGAAAUCACCCCUACAGUGCCUCAGAGAACAGUGAAAGCCUUGUAUGACUACAGAGCCAAAAGAAGUGAUGAAUUGAGCUUCUCUCGAGGAGCUUUAAUUCAUAAUGUCACAAAGGAAACUGGAGGCUGGUGGAAGGGGGAUUAUGGAGAAAAAGUGCAACACUAUUUUCCAUCUAACUACGUUGAAGACCUGUCAUCUGAUAACUCUGCUGAGCUUGAAAGCCAGAUUAUCGAGGACAAUCCAUUAGGCUCUCUGUGUCGUGGCAUACUGGUACUCAAUACGUACAACGUUGUGAAAAUGCCCCAAGGGAAACACAAAAAGCCUUUUGUCUUCAUUCUGGAACCCAAGAAUCCAGAAGAUCCAUGUGUUGAGUUUGCAACUGAUAAAGUAGAAGAACUCUUUGAAUGGUACCAAAGCAUCCGUGAAAUCGCUUGGAAAACUACAGAAGAGGAGAACAGGAGGAAAUACUGGGAAAAGAAUCAAUUGAUUGCUAUUGAAUUAUCUGAUCUGGUAAUCUACUGCAAGCCAACAAGCAAAACCAAGGACAAUUUAGAAAAUCCUGAUUUCAAAGAAAUCCGUUCUUUUGUGGAAACCAAGGCAGAGAGCAUUGUUAAGCAAAAGCCAGUUGAGUUGUUGAAAUACAACCUGAAGGGACUGACACGUGUCUAUCCUAAAGGACAGAGGGUCGACUCAUCCAACUACGACCCAUUUCGCCUCUGGCUUUGUGGCUCCCAGAUGGUGGCUCUUAACUUCCAAACUCCAGAUAAAUACAUGCAAUUGAACCAUGCCUUGUUUUCACUUAAUGGACGCACUGGCUAUGUUCUGCAGCCAGAAAGCAUGCGAAAUGAAGAAUAUGACCCAAUGCCAAAUGACUCGAAGAGGAAAUUGCAGAUGAUUAUGACAGUGAGGGUUUUAGGUGCUCGUCAUCUCCCUAAACCUGGUAGAAGCAUCGCUUGUCCCUUUGUAGAGGUAGAAAUCUGUGGGGCUGAAUAUGAUAACAACAAAUUCAAGACAACAGUUGUGAAUGACAAUGGCCUUAAUCCAGUUUGGGCACCCUGUCCAGAGCAAGUGAAAUUUGAAAUUUAUGAUCCAAAUCUAGCGUUUCUGCGCUUUGUUGUCUAUGAGGAGGAUAUGUUCAGUGAUCCCAAUUUCUUAGCACAUGCCACUUUUCCCAUCAAAGGAAUCAAAUCAGGUUUUAGAUCAGUUCCUCUCAAGAAUGGCUAUAGUGAAGAUAUAGAGCUGGCCUCACUUCUGGUUCACUGUGAAAUGCAACAAGUUCUGGAAAGUGAAGAAGAGCUUUAUUCCUCAUGUCGGCAACUUCGGAAGCGCCAGGAGGAGCUUAAUAACCAGCUGUUCCUUUAUGACACCCAUAUGAAUUUAAGGAAUCCUAACAGAGAUGCUAUAUUAAAAGAAUUCAAUGUGAAUGAGCACAAACUACAGAUAUAUCAAGAGACGUGCAACCGCAGAUUAAAGGAGAAGAAAGUCAGUAACAGCAAAUUCUACUCUUAAAGCAAUCAUUCUUUGAGGCGAGCUUUAUGGUGCAAUUCAGGAAGAGAUACUAAUUUAUCCUGGCCAUCCUACUCAAUGACGGUCUCAUCAGACUGAAUGAAUGGAAGAAGAGGAGG